AUGACUGAAAAGGAUGAUGUAGUAAAACCUCAAUCAUUAUCCCCAAAAUUAAAAGAUCUAGGUAUGUUUACUAUUUCUUGUAAUAUUGGUGGAGUGAAUAUUCCACAUGCUCUAUAUGAUAUGAGAUCUAGCAUAAAUGUCAUGCCACUAAAAUCUAUCAAAGAAUUGAAAGUGGGUGAGACCAAACUGAGUUACAUGACUCACACUCUAGCUGACUCGUCUAUUACUCAAUCGAUUAGUAUUUACGCGACGUUGCUUGAUACAAAAGGAGAUUCAAGAGGAUCUAUUAUUCUCAGGCAGCCAUUAUUGGCAACCGAGAAAGCAAAGAUCGAUGUAGAAACAUGUGAACUUAUGUUGAAGUCCAAUAAAAGGAAGGUGGUUUUUAAGGUGUAUGAUGUGACACCUUAUGAGGAUAAUGUCGAUACUUACUGCCAUCUGGAGGAAAAGGGUAGGAAAGUAGACAAAGGAAUAAUGAGAAGGGAAGUGACUGGCGUGAGGGUAUCUCUUGUGCCUGACGUGCAUUAG